CUCACUGUGCCGAUUAUUUUCUACGUGCUGGUGAAAAAUUCCAAUACCGCGCUAUCUGGCUUUAAGAACUCACACGCCUUUCAGAAAACACUAUAUUUGCGGAAUAGAAAUAUAAAGCCGAUUGCUAAGAAACCAUAUAAUCGUGUUCUAUGAGGAAAUGUAUAAUAAGUUAGCGUGGUUUUCGUAUCUUGAAGGCUAAAUAUGGAAAUAUAAGUUAUUGUAUUACAGAAGUACACGAGAUGGAAUAAUGAAAUUUGCAGUUCUGAUAAACAUCCGCAAAUAUACAAUAUAAAACAAAUAAGUUUAUUAUUAAAUCGAAUGUGUCCAUUCGGAGCAGGUCUAAACGGAAUGAAGUUUCGUAAAAAUAUUAACCUUAAAUUUAAGUGUGGAAGAUUUUCUAAUAUUUUAAGUGGCACAUUAAUUAGCGAAUAGGUCACAAUAUAUAUUCCAGUGCCUAAUAACAUUAGCAUAAUUUUCUUACUAAUGCGUGAACUUAAGAAAUACGGUAAAAAAAGAAAUAAAUAACAUUGAAUGGAAAUAUGAUCUUUAAUAGAAAUAAUCGUGCACGGAAAAUUUGGAAAGGAAGCGUGUUUAAGAUGAAACCGGCUUGGAUUUAAGAAAUUUGUGCACGCUGCAAGUGAUAUAAUUAAAGACAGGAAUAUUGGUAUAGCAAAUACAUUAUACUUCGAGAACUUAGACAAAUUAUAACCUGGGGUGAUUUAUAGAUUUCUGAAAAUGGGAUGUACUUGCGAAAAGGUGUGGAGAAGAAAACUUUCCAAAGUUGGACAUAAAUCUGGAAGUAAUGAUACUCCUCCAAACAUGUCCGACACUCAAAAAGCAGUUAUAAGAAAUAAUUGGCAGAUUUUGAAAUGCAACGUCGCAAACAUUGGAGUUAUCACUUAUGUCAGCAUGUUUGAAAGCAGACCAGAGCUGUUGGAAGUGUUUUCAAAGUUUAAGGGACGAGACCUUAGUGAAUUACGGCGCGCCGGAUUGCUCAGACAACACGCAUUACGGGUGAUGGCCACCAUAGACAAAGUUAUAACCCGCCUUGACGAGCCUUCCAGUUUAAUAGUCAUGCUCAGGGAAGUUGGAGCACACCAUAAGCUCUAUAAAGUGCCGCCGGAUUACAUAAAGAUCAUUUUGCCUCAUUUUCUUAAUGCAAUCAAACCUCAUAUUGAGGAGCAUUGGUGCGACGAUCUAGAGACAGCUUGGACAGCUUUGUUUGCAAUCAUAAUAUACUAUAUGAACGAAGGAAUUAAUCAGCCGGACCAUGGUCACAGACAAUACAUAGUUGAUCCUUCAUCUUAAGUGUGUAUAUUGGUCGUGAGUUCAGUUCCGUAUGACGUUGUAGAUGCAAUAUGGCUGGAUAUUUCAGUAUUAGUUUACGUUUAGUAGUAACAGGCAAGAUAUGCUGCUCUUCAAAGAAGUUAAGUUUGCUUACACUGUGUGGUUUUAUUAAUAACACGUAAAACUUGUGUACAUAUUGUAAAAAAUGUUUACAUGUGCUUGCACGAUUAUAUAUGGGCCGUUCCAUGCAAAAACCUGUAUUAGUGACAUGAUAUUAUUAUUGCAUAUUCUAACACGAUCCGCAGCAGUUGCUAUAUAAACAUAUAGCGAAAUCGCCUAUACAUGAAUCUACGAUAAAAUAUAGCUCUUCCAUUCCACCCUACGAUUGUCACACGACUGCGAGAUUCUACUCUGCUUCUGUUAUAUACCGACUAAAUACUCGACUUUUUCAGUGAUAUGUAGAUCUAGUAGACUAGUAAUAAAAUGUACAUCAAAUUUUCUGAAACAAACAAUUUGUAACUGAUGAAUUUAUUUGUUUUUAAUUUUACCGUAAGUAAAUGUUUCAGCCCGGUAAGUUUCAACUUCAACACCAGUGCAUCUAUGUCUGGUCGUGUCUGUAGUUUACAAUUUCUGCGCUGUAUGCACCACAAAUGUCAACUAGAUUCUACUUUGACAGUAAAUAAAUUGUAAUUCAUGUUCCAAUCUUCCAGACUAAAGUGUUUACGUGUUUAUAUACCGCCGCAAUGUUCUGGCGUGUAUGUUUCAGUGCCAUCAUGUAGGUGACGUGCACUAUUUUUAGAAACUCCAUAUAUAAACAUUGAACGAAGUAUUUACUUUUGAUUUCUAUAUCCGACCUUAGAUGUUAUUGAAAAUAACAUUUUAUCCGAGGUAACUA